AAAGUUAAAUAUUAAAUUGUGUAAUUUUUGAUUUUUAUUUUGCUUUAUCAAACUGAUAUUUUAAGCGCGAUUGUGUUUAUGUUCUGUUAGUUUAAUUCGAUUUGAUGUGAUAUUUGCAGUGAUAUGGCAACCGUGGGCAACCUGUGAUGGCAACACAAUGACGUUUGACGUUUGUACACAAACAUAACCUAUCUUUUUUGUUUACUUUUUUGCAAUUUUCAUUAUCAAAGAUUUAUUCACAGGAUUUAUUAGGAGUUCGGCGUGCUCCGACGUACUAUCCUUUUUGUCUAUAAUUAUCAAGAAAAAAUAUACAGUACUUUUAUGUGUUAUUAUUGAUUUACACAUGUUGACGUGGUUUUAAUGAUUUUCGAUACUAUUUCAGUAAAACAGUGAAUGAAUUUAUAUCUAAAUAACAUGUAAAAUUCUUAUUCAUUAUUAUUCAAGCAUUAUGCCGCUGAUAAGUUAUAACGCUUUAUUUGAGCACGCUAUUAUUGGAAGUGUUUUAACAACCAUAUUUUUAAUAUUUAAUUAUUCUCUACACAAAAUUGAAGAGGGCCAUGUUGGUAUAUACUUUCGAGGUGGUGCAUUAUUACCAUCAAUGACUCAUCCUGGAUACCAUAUGAUGAUUCCAAUUAUUACAUCUUAUAAAAGUGUUCAAGUAACUUUACAAACAGAUGAAGUCACAAAUGUUCCAUGUGGAACUAGUGGUGGUGUCAUGAUAUAUUUUGAUCGAAUUGAAGUAGUAAACUAUUUAAAUAUUAACAGUGUCAUGGAUAUUGUUAGAAAUUAUACUGCUGAUUAUGAUAAAACAUUAAUUUUUAAUAAAGUACAUCAUGAGCUUAAUCAGUUUUGUAGUAUACACAAUUUACAUGAGGUAUAUAUUAAUCUUUUUGAUCAAAUUGAUGAAAAUCUAAAACAGGCUUUACAAAGAGACUUGUUAGAAAUGGCCCCUGGAUUAAUAAUUCAAGCUGUUAGAGUUACAAAACCAAAAAUUCCAGAACCUAUUAGGAAAAAUUAUGAACUAAUGGAGGGAGAAAAAACUAAACUACUUAUAUCCAUUGAGCAUCAGAAGGUGGUAGAAAAAGAUGCUGAAACUGAUAGGAAACGAGCAUUAAUUGAAGCUGAGAAGGAGGCACAAGUUGCAAAAAUUCAGUUUGAACAGAAAAUUAUGGAAAAGGAAUCUUUGCAACAUAUUUCUCAAAUUGAAGAUGAGAUGCAUUUAGCAAGAGAAAAAGCUCAAGCUGAUGCUGAAUUCUAUAAAAUGAAACAACAAGCAGAAGUCAAUAAAUUACUCUUUACCAAAGAAUAUAUUGAAUUAAAAAAAUAUAGCUCUCUAGCAAGCAAUACGAAGGUAUAUUUUGGCACUGAUAUCCCUCAAACUUUUAUUGGAGAUAUCUGCCACAAAAGCACUUUAAAAGAUGAAGUUUUGCAUAACAAUAUUCAAAAUAUAUCAGAGGAAUAAAUCUGUACAAAUAAUUAAAUAUAU